AAGAUAUACUAAUGUUAACAUGGAAUGUUAAUGAAUACUUUGUCCAUAUAAUUUAGGGCGAGCAACAUUUCCGUCGCAUAAUUUCUCACACCCACACCAAGAUCAUCCAUACGCCAUGGCCGUGGAACUCCUGGAGACUCUAAAAGAAUCCAUCACCGCAUAUACCGGACUCUCUCCAACCACUUUCUUCACUGUAGUUGCUUUAGGACUUGCCAUCUACUAUGUCUUCUCCGUUAUGUUCGGUGGCUCAUCCGAUCAUCAUGUACAACCAAGGUCUAGUUCUUUCGAGGAGUCAGAACCUCUCCCGCCGCCGGUUCAGCUCGGAGAGGUAACCGAAGAGGAGUUGAAGGCGUACGACGGCAACGAUCCUAAGAAACCUCUGCUUAUGGCCAUAAAAGGUCAGAUCUACGAUGUCUCACAAAGCAGAAUGUUUUACGGACCAGGUGGUCCCUAUGCACUGUUCGCCGGAAAAGAUGCUAGCAGAGCUCUUGCAAAAAUGUCAUUUGAUGAGAAAGAUUUGACAGGUGAUAUCAGUGGUCUUGGUAUGUUCGAGAUGGAUGCCUUACGUGAUUGGGAAUACAAGUUCAUGAGCAAGUAUGCUAAAGUAGGAACCAUCAAAACCCCUGAACCCGCAGCAGCACCUGAGCCUGAGUCCACACCCACUGAGCCUGUUCAACCCACUGACACCGAGCCUGUGGCUGUGGUUGCUGCUGCUGCUGCUGCUGAUCAUCACAGCAAGGUUACAGAAGAUGCUCCAUCGGAAAAUGUAAGUACUGUAACAAGUGAAGCCAAUAAAGAAGAAUGAGCCUAUGAUUUGUGAUAAAUGGGUGUAACCAUGGUUUUAAACUUGUUCAUUUUCUUUUCCUUUUAAUAAUAGGGUAUUUGUCAAGAUACAUGGGUGU